GAGAUGUACGCGUUCACGUUUCCGCGCGCCCAGCAGCAAAGCGAAACAUGAGCGAGACAUGAGCGACAAGCAAAGAGCAGUGCGAAAAAUUCAGCGAAAGCUAGUCCAGGCAGAGACUCAGCGUGUUUUGUGGAGGAAGUUGUCUCCAAGCGCCCCGACGUGCACUGAGAAUUUAGGGAGCAGCACGUCGUGCCGCACGGUCAGGAGAGGAGAGAGGGCAGAAGUUUCCGCUGGCUUGUUUUGUCGCUGCGCGGCUGGUAAAUCCGCAGGAAUGUCGCAGAAGGAAAGACCCACUUUCUACCGACAGGAGCUCAACAAAACCGUGUGGGAGGUCCCGGAGCGGUACCAGAACUUGUCUCCCGUCGGCUCCGGUGCUUACGGAUCCGUAUGUUCUGUGUAUGAUGUGAAGACAGGUCUGAAGAUAGCGGUUAAGAAGUUGUCCAGACCCUUCCAGUCCAUCAUCCAUGCGAAGAGAACCUACAGAGAGCUGCGGCUGCUCAAACACAUGAAGCACGAGAAUGUGAUUGGUCUAUUAGACGUUUUCACACCAGCAACAAGCUUAGAAGAGUUCAAUGAUGUGUACUUAGUGACCCACCUAAUGGGUGCAGACCUCAACAACAUCGUUAAGUGUCAAAAGCUGACUGAUGACCACGUCCAGUUCCUCAUCUACCAGAUUCUCAGAGGCUUAAAGUACAUUCAUUCUGCAGAUAUCAUCCACAGAGACUUGAAGCCCAGUAAUCUGGCUGUGAAUGAAGACUGUGAGCUCAAGAUCCUGGAUUUUGGUUUGGCACGGCACACAGAUGAUGAGAUGACGGGCUACGUAGCCACCCGGUGGUACCGAGCCCCAGAGAUCAUGCUUAACUGGAUGCACUACAACAUGACAGUGGAUAUCUGGUCGGUGGGCUGCAUCAUGGCCGAACUACUUACUGGACAGACGCUCUUCCCUGGUACAGACCACAUUGAUCAGUUGAAGCUUAUAAUGAUGCUCGUCGGAACCCCAGGGCCUGAGCUCUUGAUGAAAAUCUCUUCGGAGUCUGCGAGGAACUACAUUAACUCACUUCCCCACAUGCCCAAGAGGAACUUUGCUGAUGUAUUUAUUGGUGCCAACCCUCUUGCGGUGGACUUGCUGGAGAAAAUGCUGGUGCUGGACACAGACAAACGGAUCACGGCAUCUGAAGCUCUGGCCCACCCGUACUUUGCCCAGUACCACGAUCCAGACGACGAGCCCGAAGCGGAGCCUUACGACCAGAGCUUUGAAAGCCGCGAGCUGGAAAUUGAGGAAUGGAAGAGGUUAACCUAUGAGGAGGUAGUCAGUUUCGAGCCGCCGUCGUUUGACGGAGACGAGAUGGAAUCCUGAGGAGGAGGCAUCCUUUCUUCCAUCUUUUUGUUUUCCAAGAAACACUCUUUAAGGACUAUCAGUCUCUUGUGACUAUCCACCACUUUCUAAACACACACACACACACAAAACCAUGACAUUCAAGUGCCUGCCAUCAUUCAUCUCCGGGGGACGUUGUUUAAUCAGAGAUAAGACAUCCUGUUCCUUCUGUCCCCCACUUUGCUGUUUUGUUACUCUGCAUCCCAAGGCGCCAAGGUAGACUUUAAAUUGUCCUUAUAUAUAUUUUAGUGAGCUUCAAACUGCGGUAUGUCCAAAGUUUCUUUUCUCCACACAUUCAAAUGAAAUGUUAUUUCAAUCAUCAUAUAAAACUGUUUAAAUAUAACAGUAUUUGUACAUAAGUACUUCGCUCAAACCAUUUACCGUAAUAGUCAUUACAGCUGAGUCACACCUCAGCCAACACCUUUGACAGUAUGAAUUUUCUUACUAGAGUUUAGCCUAAAAUGACAUAUACAAAUAUUAUGUAUGGGAUAGGAUAGAAUAUAAAAUAUUUACCUCUACAAAUUCAAGGCUUCAUAUUUUGUAAUGUUAGAUUUGAAGGCUUACAGUGUCACUUUUCUAACCAAAAUAUGAGUAUGGAGACUCAGCUUAUGUAUCCAUUUCACCUGCUGAACAUUAGUUUUUACUCUUUUCUCCAUAACAAUUAUUCUUUUAGCACUUCAGUUCUGUUUUUAAAAAGAAUGUUACAGUCCCCAUUAUCACAAUCUACACUUUUGCAUGAUAAAGCCAUAUUGGGCUUAUUUGUUAUUGAAAUGUGAUGUUUACCACCAUAACACCAACUGACUAUGUACUUUAAUCAUUGCAUUUAUAAAACACAGUUCUGUUAAUGUUUAUUGAAUGUUGGGGGCACCAGUCUGUCCUGUAUUUAUGAUCUUUUGUUGUUUUGUAUAUUGAUGUAAAAGAGAAUAUUAUUUGUCAGAAUUUAAGGUUCUUUUUAUUAUUUAUGGAAAGCAUACUGUAUCAGAAACCAAAUGUAUCUUCAAUAAUCUCAAACGUCCGAUAAGUCGCAAUAACAGCAGCUUGUGUAUCAGAGCCAACGAUAUUAUUAAAAUGUUGCAGACAACCAUAUAGUUUUAAUCAGUUUCAUCAACUAGUUAUUUUUGGAGUUGUUUCAGUUCUUUUUUUUUUUCUUUCUUUUUUUUAAGCCAUUCUUAAGCAUUUCUUUAUUUUCCUUGAGCUACUUCCAUCCAAAAGUAUUCUAAUUCUCAUAAGAAAUUCCCCCCAAAAAAAGUAUUACAACUACGUCCACAUUUUGUAUUAACAUACAAACCACUAAACAGUAGUACCCUAGUUGUGAAGAGAACUUUAAACAUGUAUUGAAAAAAUACAUUAAAAUAAAAUAUUUUAGGAGUCAAAUUACCUUGUGACAUACAAGCUAUAUCCAUGGUUCCUCUAGCUAAUGUCAAACAUCAGUGUCUUCACAAUUUCAUGUGCAACAGCUAGUUUUCAUGUGCUUUUUUUUCUUUUUGUGUUAAAUCAAGAUUGGAUGUUAUUCUGUGAUGAUUUUAAUAUUGAUAUUUCUUUUUUGGCGUAAUACUAGAAUAAGUCAUUCAUUUGAAUUAUUUAGCAGGGCACAUGUUUGUGGAAAGAGUGUAAGUUUACUCACUGGAUGUUGAAGGGCAAUGCUGAAGCUUCAUUCUUUGUAGUUUUAAAACUACUGCAUACAUUAGAUAGGAUAUUUAUCUUUUUCCAUAUCCAAAUGUCAGUAGUUAAUUUGGUUAUUGGUUCUGCUUUCUUUUCCUGAGAUGUGUUCAUAUCUUUUUACUAUGUGCUUUUACCACAUGUACCAAGACAGCACGCCAUCUGUAAAUACCACCAUUAGGAAAUAAAGGCUACUAUUUUUCAAACCUGUAA